AUGUGGCGGCUGUCGUUGCCUCUCCUGGCUUCUUCUUCGUUCUCCAACAGUCGUCGUCAUGUGAGACGCGAGGCGGUAUUCUUGCCAUGGAACGCGCGGCCAUGGCCUUCGUACGAGACGCACGCCGACCAAUGGCGUUUCCUGGACCGCACCCUUUCCGCUGUUGUUGGUAUGACACCAGCUGAGGUCUCGGCGAAGUCCUUGCGACUCUUCCCGCGACGUCUCCUGCAGGAUAUUGAGGACCCCGUGCUUGCGCUGCAGCGGCGACGACGGCGGGAGGCACAGCACACAUCGAAACCGCAGCAGCAGCGGCAUCAAGAACAACAACCUCAGAAGCAAGCGCAACAGCAUCAGCAGCGGCGAAGGAGGGACGCAGCCCCACUCAGUACACCUACCGGGGCGCGUCCGAGUUGUUUCGUACAGAACAACAACGACAAGGCCAAGAACGGUGGGGGUGUGUUGGUGGAGAGGGGGAGAAACACGGUGGUGCCAGCGACCGUCUCUUCUGCUGCCACUGCUUCUUCUAAGAAUGGUCUCAGGAGCAGCCGCACUCAAAAGAGGAGGGAUGUGACGGGUACGCCCCUUGGGAUGGCUUCUGGUGCUCUUGCAUCAUCAUCAGCAGCGGCGGCAGCACCACGUGCUCCUACAAUUAUGCCUACCUCCACGACGAGUGUUAACGCUUCUAAUAACAUCAUCGAGACUGCUUUGGUCACUCGAUCUCCCUCUUCAACACGCUUUUCAGCAUCUGCAGCAGUGGACAAUAGGAUGCCGGGACGCCCUUCACGCGGCGAUAAGUACACAACUGCAGCAGCAGGAGGAAAGGGAGAAAAGAGGCCAAACAACAAGGGCAACAUGAAGAGCCAGUCGGGGUCUACAGUGCUAACAAGUACUGUCUCUAUUGAGGCGAUCAAAAGUGGCGAGGCAGAGGCAAAACAUGCAGCAGCGAGGGAAACGAUUGACCUGAAGCCGGAUAACUCUAUUGCACAACCGCCGCUAAGAAAAUCGAAACACUCACGCAGCCAAGGCAAGGGGGGCAAACGCGGAAAAGUGGGCAAUAGGUCGCCUGCCUCAUUGGAAAACACUGCUGCACUUACAACAUCUAAUUCUUCUACUGUGGAAAGAGAUCAUGAUGGGAAUGGUGAGGAAUGUAGGAAAUCACCUUCAGGUGAGGCGGCCGGCACGAACGUGUAA